AGUGGGAUCGGCCAAUCAGAAGCGGAGUAAGGCUCAGGAGGGCGGGACAUGCCUUUGCCGGCCAUGGAAACGCAAGUUCGCCUCCGGUGCAGUAGGUGGCGCAACGUUGGUGUGGAGACCGUCAAUAAAAACUAAAGAAGAAGAGACGUUGAGGCGGAAGGAGAAGAAUAACAACUGGACAGUCAAGGCUUGUAUAUUCUCUAAAAAAGAAAAUGGACACACGCUUCACUCGAGGGAAGUCCAACAUCUUGGAGCGACCCCUGACCCGACCCAAGACCGAGGUCAGCGUGAGCGCCUUCGCCCUCCUGUUCUCCGAGAUGGUCCAGUACUGCCAGAGCCGCGUGUACUCGGUGUCGGAGCUGCAGACCCGCCUGGCGGACAUGGGCCAGAGCGUGGGCGCCAGCAUGCUGGACGUGCUGGUGCUGAGAGAGAAGAACGGCAAGCGGGAGACCAAGGUGCUGAACAUGCUGCUCUUCAUCAAGGUUAACGUGUGGAAGUCUCUGUUCGGGAAGGAGGCGGACAAGCUGGAGCAGGCCAACGACGACGACAAGACGUACUACAUCAUCGAGAAGGAGCCGCUGAUCAACGCGUACAUCUCGGUGCCGAAGGAGAACAGCAGCCUGAACUGCGCCGCCUUCACCGGCGGCGUCGUGGAGGCCGUCCUCACGCACAGCGGCUUCCCCGCCAAGGUCACCGCCCACUGGCACAAGGGCACCACGCUCAUGAUCAAGUUCAACGAGUCGGUCAUCGCCCGGGACAAGGCGUUGGACGGCAGAUAGGGACGGACUGCAGGGGGAGGGGGGGGCGGGGUUGAUAGUGUUUGUCGCUGACUGAAUGUCUUCGUAGUAACUUAUGAGACGGUGACGUUGUGGAUGAAUGAAUGAAUGGCCGCGCCAAGAGCAGAAAACUUGCAGAUUGUUGGUUCAAUUUUCCUAUUUUUGUGGAUCAUCUCACUUCUGUUUUAUCUCGUAAAUGGACACAAUGUUUACUUAAGUUCAUGUAGAAUUUUAUUGUUCCCCGGCAUAUUUUUUUUUGCAUCACAGCUCAAUUAUAACAGAUUAACCCUCAUGUUGUCCUCAUGUUGUCCUCAUGUUAUCCUCAUGUUGUCCUCAUGUUGUCCUCAUGUUGUCCUCAUGUUGUCCUCAUGUUGCCCUCAUGUUGU